AUGUGCACUUCCUGCCAGGGAAUUAACAGAUUCGAAAGCACCUGUACUCGACGCGACCUCUGCCAGCGUCAGGAUGGUGGCCCAUACGAUCCCAAGACCCCUCAGAAACCCAAGCAACUGAAGCAGACUCCCAACGCGCGUUCAACCGGAGAUUCGAUUGACCCGAAUCAGAAGGAAUCUGCAGACGAUAAGUUUCUGAAGGCCAGCUCGCUCCUGAAACUGCCCAAGGGUACAAAGGCCUGUGUCGUAACCCUUCGGUCCGAGCCUGGGGCGGGGACCGAAAUGUGCCACAUCGUCGCAAGGAAAAAGAAUACGGGCCCUUUCAAGCUCAGCCACUUUGAGUUCCUGUGGGGCAUUAAAUACAAAGAGUUCUGCGUCGACACGUCGAGGAAUCUGAUGAGAUUGUCUGCAACUCUUCACCGUGCAUUCGAUGAAGACAGCUGGGCACUGCUUCCCAUUGACGUCAAGGUCCUUGGGCCUAUGAGACUUCACUACGAGGAUUGGAAGAUUCUCGGACCCGAAAUGACUAAGGAACAGUAUAAGCACCAUCGAUUUGAGAAGUCUACGGUCUACGGAAAGAGAAAGGCAUUCCGAUAUGUCUUGCUUCCUCUGGCCUCCCCACGCUUCCAUAUGCCUGUUCUUCGUUGUAGGCCUCCCCUCGUCGUCCCCCAAACUGCAGCCGACAUGCACAUUUUCCCAUACAACACCCUCCCCGACCUGAUUCUUCAUGUCGAGCCGCACUACGUGAUCUGGAAUCUCGGGGAAAAAUUCAAGCGGCGAGGACUGACGUCGAAGUACAUAGCUGAGGAUCCCGCUCUUACACCUCUGAGGCAACACGUCGACGCCCUCAGAGCUUGCUUAGAAAUUUUUGAGAUGUGGUAUGGCUUCAAAACUCCGGAGUGGUUCUAUGACGACGACGGCAAUGGCGGCGACAGCGACGGUGACGACAGCAACGACGGUGACAGCAACAAUAACAACAACAACGAGUCGGAUCCGAACGCUGGUGGCCCCUCUCGUGGCACACGUGCUCAAAAACGCAAACGUCCCACUAGAACGGAUGGUCCCGGAGGAGACGGCUCGCGGGGAUACACCUUGAGCCAACAUCCCGAAGACGAGCUGAUGGACGACAUCGGGUCUGACGACUCGUCGUCUCGGCAAGAUGAUGAUAAGGACGACUUUAUGGAAUCGGAGGAGGACUUCUCAAACAGGAUUGAUGGAUGGCGGGGAGAGGUGGCGAUUUUCAAUGAGAGCAGUGGUCUGGAGGGUUCUGGUUUGGACAUGGUUGUCAUUCCUCCUUGUGGCAACGAUUUCGCCGCGUCGAAGCUCAAUGAUUUUGAGAGUCACGGGGCUCAAGGUGCAGCUGAGGUGAUUUGA